UUUUCACUGCACGUCGCAUCAAGCAUCAAGAUGAAGACUGCAGUUUCUACACUCAUCGUCUGCCUGCUGGUGGCCUUGACCUCGGCCAGGCCUCAUCUGUUCAAACGUGACGUCAGCAAUGCCAUUGACUUUUCGACUCCACAGAAACUGGCCAGGCCAUCACCUGCAGCGCCAGAAGCAAAAAGCAGUCUUUCACAAGCCAGUGGAGCCACAGGUCCUAGUGAGGUUUCUGCUCAGCAAGGUCCAACUAGGGAACAGUACCAACAGAUGAUGUUGGCCCAACAACAGGCAAUGAUGGCCCAACAACAACAACAGCAAGUACCAACUAGGGAACAAUACCAACAGAUGUUGGCCCAGAGGCAAGCAAUGCUGGCCCAACAACAACAACAACAGCAAGUCCCAACAAGGGAACAAUACCAACAGAUGUUGGCCCAACAACAGGCAAUGAUGGCCCAACAACAAGCAAUGAUGGCCCAACAACAACAACAACAACAGCAAGUCCCAACAAGGGAACAAUACCAACAGAUGUUGGCCCAACAACAACCAAUGAUGGCCCAACAACAACAACAGCCUCAACAGCAAGUUUCAACUAGGGAACAAUACCAACAGAUGAUGACCCGACAACAAGCAAUGAUGGCCCAACAACAACAACAACAGCAAGUCCCAACAAGAGAGCAAUACCAACAGAUGUUGGCCCAACAACAAGCAAUGAUGGCCCAACAACAACAACAGCCUCAACAGCAAGUGCCAACAAGAGAGCAAUACCAACAGAUGUUGGCCCAACAACAAGCAAUGAUGGCCCAACAACAACAACAACAGCAAGUCCCAACAAGGGAGCAAUACCAACAGAUGUUGGCCCAACAACAAGCAAUUAUGGCCCAACAACAACAGCAGCAGCAAGUGCCAACAAGGGAGCAAUACCAACAGAUGUUGGCCCAACAACAAGCAAUGAUGGCCCAACAACAACAACAGCCUCAACAGCAAGUGCCUACAAGGGAGCAAUACCAACAGAUGUUGGCCCAACAACAAGCAAUGAUGGCCCAACAACAACAACAGCCUCAACAGCAAGUGCCAACAAGGGAGCAAUACCAACAGAUGUUGGCCCAACAACAAGCAAUGAUGGCCCAACAACAACAGCAGCAGCAAGUGCCAACAAGAGAGCAAUACCAACAGAUGUUGGCCCAACAGCAAGCAAUAAUGGCCCAGCAACAACAACAAGUUUCGACCAGAGAACAAUACCAACAGUUGAUGUUGGCCCAACAACAGGCAAUGAAUCAACAAUCACAACUUCAUCAGGCACUAACAAAGGAACAGUAUCAACAGAUGCUUUUAGCCCAGCAACAACAACAACAAGUACCAACUACGGAACAAUACCAACAGAUGUUGGCCCAACAACAAGCAAUGAUGGCUCAGCAACAACAACAACAGCAAGCCAUAACUAGAGAACAAUACCAACAGAUGUUGGCCCAACAACAAGCAAUGAUGGCUCAGCAACAACAACAACAGCAAGCCAUAACUAGAGAACAAUACCAACAGAUGUUGGCCCAACAGCAAGCAAUGAUGGCCCAACAACAACAACAACAACAAACACCAACACGAGAACAGUAUGAGCAAAUGAUGAGUGAACAAACGAACCAACAAAGUACCGAAUCUGUCAGCUCUUAUUUACAGAGGGUCAAGGGGCACAACCCAACUAACUCACAACAGGAACCGGACACAGAAGCCACCCCUGAACCAACGGCCAGAUUCCAGUACUUUAACAUCAGUCAACAAGAACUGGCCACUUUCCCUAUGCCCAACCUCGGAAGUGCAAUGAUGACAGAGUCCAGACUUCAGGAAGCCAGAGGAAACAUCAUCAAAGGCUUUUACAUGGACCUCAUUAAAUUCCAAGAGCUCGGCCAAUUCUUCCGUAGCCAAUUGAGCGCCAAACUGUCCAUGUUGCAACAGAUCGAGAUGCAGCUGGCGCCCAUGAGAGGGAUGUUAGCCAAGAUGGUGACAAGUCCUAUCGCUGGCGUCAGCCCCCCAAUGGGCGAGCAGCAAUCGGCAACUAUCGUCACCAAACUUCGAGGGGAGGGCUUUGAUACGUCUAAAAUUGAAGAGUGAAUUUUAAUGUAAAUGAUUUUUUUUUGUUUUGUUUAAUAAACAAAACAGAUCAACGACUUAAAACUAU